AUUGUGAAGUGCACAAGUGGCUCUCUGAGGAGCAGGGGAUGGAGGGAGAAAGGGUGGGGUCAAGGUUCAAACGAAACGCUCCCAUCAGGACUCCCUUUCUGUUAUCAAAUUUGUUGAGACACAAAAAGAGCAACAGUCUCACUCCCAAGAACAUCUUGAGGAGGAGAAAGAGGUUAGAGGACAGCAUUCUUGGAGUCCAGGCUUCAGUCCCUCUGCAGCCCAGCGGUCGACCUCCUCGGUCCUCACUCGGCUUCACUCCGCUGCUGCUGUGCUGAUUGUCUCUGAAGUGCUCCUUCAGCAUUUUUCUCCUGAAGACCAGCCUCUGAAAAGCUCCGAAGCUUGUGUAAGUCCUUUUUAUUUCACCUCAGAUUUAUUGAGUUCAUUAUUAUUUCCUUACUUCACUUUUUAUCCUGCCAACACUAACCAUGCAAGAACUACCAACUCAUGUUUCCAGAGGCUCCUACUCUGCAAAAACCUGAAACUGAGAAAGCUAUCUUGUCUAAUUUCUAAAAACACUGUCUUACUCAAUAUGAGCUGCACUCACUUAACAGGUCCAGAGAAGCAUCUUUUGUCAAGAUCUUACAACGACAAAAAUUUUAGUGAUUUAAAAAUCUGUCCGUAAGGAAGGAAAAAUAUACUUGUCAGGUUUAUUGAAAUAAGAGUUGUGUUUUUUUCAUUAAUGAGUAAAUUUGAGAAAAACUUUGCAGAUGACAUUGACCUUUUUUCUUUUCUUUUAUACCAACUUAAAGCUUUCAAGGUCAUGUUGUUGGACUGUAAUAUAUUAACACAGGAUAUAUAUUGGGACUUGUCAGGAUAAUGUGGUUCAUAAUAAGUCUAAUAACACAUUUUUAAAGAAGACAAAAGAAAUGUGAGUCUUUUCUAAUGUUACUUUAACCUUACUUUAUCCUAAAAUCAUUAUAAACUACACUUACUUUUCAUAUUUUGUGGAUUAACUCAGACUGUUUGUCAUUAUCAAUUUAUUACUUUUCAUGUUUAAUGCAUAACAACAAACAAAAAAAAGCAGAAUGUCAGGAAUCUGAAACUUAAAGAAAAGUGACAAAUUGUAUUUUUAGGUGAUAUCAGGAAUUUUGUGAGAUUUUUGCAACAAAACACCUGAAGACUGUGUAACAGUCUAUAAUUUAAAAUGCAGAGAGAAUGUCUCAUUUCCACCUAUUUAUGUGAUUGGAAUCAAAAAUGUACAGAUAAUAAAUGUUGUAUCCAACACAAGGGAGAGCUUUUAUUUUAAGAGAUAGAAGAGAAAGUAAGAAAUCUGAAGGAAAUUACUGACUGCAAUAGUGAAGAGGCGAACUUUGUCAGAUACAUCAGGUAUCACAUGAAUGAAUGGUUUACUUUUACACUUUGUCAGUUUAAACAAUGCCUGGAUUUCACUUGCCUAUGGGGCUGGUUUCUGUACCUCCAAAAAUAACUAGAUACCAACACACCUCCUUCCCUCUUGCUUAAAUAGAUGGAGGCGAGUCAGCUGUAAAUACAUUUGUGCCUUUAAAAUUGGUAGGAGUCCCUGGUAGGAGCUACUGCUCAAUGCAAGGUCUGGCAGUAAUGAGGUACUGGGGCAAUAUGUGGUUUACUGGUGUUUUGAGUCUCUUGUGCGGUACUUAAAAAUAUAUACCUUGGCAAACACAAACACCAUAGAGCUGCCUAUGCCAACCUUGUCACAGACUAUGGGGUCUAUGCUCACACCAGCCAAUAGAAAAGAGUUCAAAGGUGUGGCUUGUUAACAGUAAAUUCUUAUACUCACAACAGAAGUGACACAUGGUUGCGGUAAAAUGGUAUAUCCACCAAUCGAUACAUUAAUCAUACUACAGGCAGGGCACUGGGUGAGAGGUGGUGCAAACCCUGAACAGGUCACAACUGUUUAGCCUGUAUACUGUACCACAUCCACUGUAGGAGGGUAGUGAGCUGUAAUGUGCCUCUUUUGUUAUGUAAAUCUCAGAGCAGCUCAGCAUGAAGGCAAUCUGCUUUCAAGAUCAGAAAGAUUAGGAGCACUUGCAUCUAAUUUCACACGUACCCUGUCCUGGUUUUACUGUGAGGAGCUGUAACAAUGACAGAUUGGACACAUUACAGCUGUCACAGUUUUGUCCAAACAAAUUGUUACCGGCUAAUCUCUGUGAAGGACCAAGGCCAGGUUGCUCUGCCAACACUCCUCAAACGCCUGCACUGAUCUGCUUACACUGAUCACUGAGAUGAAGGCAUAUUUCAGAUCCCCUCCUUUUAGGAUUAGUCCUCAGGGAUCUGUAUUUAUGGGGGCUUUUCCAUUCAGCUGUGCUGUACUCGGUUUGUUAUCCCUGCUGGGACUGCAACCCUUUUUCUUUGAGGGACUUGUUCUCCUGAAUUCACUCAGCCUGAGCCUUGGCUGAGAAAUAGAGUCUGUUGUAGGUCUCACAGCCUUAGACACUGCGGCUACAUCUGGCUGCUUCCUAAUGGGCCGAAAGUCUGAACAAGAAGCUGGUGAAAUGGAGAUUCAGUUCUGUUUAAUUAAAAAAAAAAAAAAAAGUUCCUUUCCUUUUUUGCAAUGAUGCAACAUAAACAUGUUUCACUGUUUGUUGAACUAUCUGCCAUGUACAUGAGAGAGCCUCUCUUCAGCUUUGGGAACAUCUAUAGGAAGACGGGUUCCUCCUUGCUACAUGUUUCUGUUUUUCUUAAAUCUUCCACAAAAACAAACUGCUCUGAGGUUAGUUGGGGCUGUAGACUUCCCAGCAAUGUUUUUGUAGAGCAGUAAAGGAGGAAUUAAUAACAAACAUGAAGGAGUGGACUGUUGGAGCUUGCCAAAGAUGCUGUAGGGAUGCAUGAGUGGGUAGUGAAGUCUGAGGUGUGUCUGCAUAUUUCUGAUACAAAUGUUCAGUCCAGUGAGGAAUGUAAGAAAUCUGGACUUUAGUUUGAAACUUUAAUAAGUAACAAAGGAUGGGCCUUAAAUGAAAAGUAAACAGAAGUUUGCAUGAAAAGUAAGAGUCAUUUUUACCUGUGCAUUUAAAAAGCGUAUUUUUUAUGUCUUUCUCUUGAGGAGAAGCUUGGCAUUUUUGGCAAAAUAAAGAGGGUAAAACCAAGACUCUAAAAAAUGAGCGAGAGCUGACAUUUGAUUAGCUGAAUGGAUGUUUUUAAACUCUCACACGCUAAUAAAAAUGGUUCAUCAUUUUCAUAAAUGCUAAGUAUACCAGGAUAAAAUAAAAGACUGCUUUGCCUCUGUCUGUACCACCUAAAGCUGAAGCUACAAAAUGUUUCUCUUACCUUAUUUUAGCUUAGCUUAGUACAAAAAUGGGAAACAGCUAACCGAGCUCAGUCUAAAGUUAAAAAGGUUGGGACACAGGUUGGGAUUUUUGCACAAACUGUUGUAAAUGGACAAUGUGACAAAGUAUAUGCAUUGUAUAUUAGGCAGUCUGGUUAAUAUCAAGCAACUCUGCAUAAUCUUGUUGUUUUAACCAACUGUUUUCUAUGAUUAAGCUAACGAAAUGUAAUGUAUCAUGUAUUUUCAGAUGUAGUUGGUAGGUUUGUAUCCUAUUUGUCCCUGCAUGCCCUAAGGAGUUUGCCAUUCAGUCCAGAUGAAAGAACUCUUGCUGAUAAAUCACGUCACAGCGCUGUAAAAAGCAGAGUAAUGCUGUAUCAACUAAGACUUCCUGGACUUUAGACCGUGCAGAGGAAGUCUACAACUUGUCAUGUUCAGGAUGAGGUAAUUAUCUGCUCAGGGGGCAUGUACACAUUAGCCAGGGACACUGAUGUCUAUUGUUACCUAGUAAGACUGGCACUGUGACAGACACUCCCUACCUAUUGUCAGUCUGAGAGUGUAAGAGCUGAGAGGAGGUUCGGCAGGAAUGGGCCGGUGAGGUUUCCUGUCACUGUGGUAGUUUGCUGUCUGAAUACUAAUAAUGCACAAAAGAAGCCAAGACUGAAACAUGUUUAAAUACAGUUUAUCAGAACAGCUGAUAGGUUACUGUCAUUGGAUGAUUGAGAAAUAAAUUUAAACUAACGCCAGUGCAGGAUGCCUCUCAGCUGCAUUUUAUCUCAUGCCCAGCAGGGAGCGACACUGCUGGUUUCAAAAAGGGUGAUUAUAUAAAAAAUCCAUUAGAAAAUGAAUUUAUUUCUCACCUAAUACAUUCCCAAUAUAAACAUUUUUAGAGUUGGUUCAUACCUUGAAUUGCUGGUUUUAAGUCAACUUAACCAGAGCAUGAUGUUUAUUUUGAAAACUAUGUUCAGAUGAACCCUUUCAUAAAUGAAUCAUUAAAUGACAGAGUCAUACUUUCAUUAAAUGUUUUAUGAUCACUCGUAAAGUGAGGUUCAAUUCAUGUUGUUUUGAAGAUCAUAAUCCUGACCAAGUAACAGAAGUGUGCACUAGAGACCAAGUCAUACAAUGUUUUAAUGCAACAGAUAAUUAAUUAAGUCUUAAUGCAGAAACAAAAUGACCUUUUUGAAACAAAACAAAACAAAACAAAACAAACAAACAAAAAUAGUCAUUUUCCACAUAUCUACCAGGGUGGGAUCUACAGUUCUUGAAUUUGAGUUUUGAAGAUUUCAUCUUAAAGUUUUUCUGUCUUACACAGAAAAAGCUCAAAGUGAUUAAACUACGACAACAUCUUUCCCCUGACUGCAUCAAGGACAGCGUCAGCAGAUAUGUAUUUGAAAUCAUUCUUGAGUUUUGCCUCAUGUAAUGACUUGCAAGUAUAACUUCUACUGAGAAAAUCUGCAAGUAGUUGUUAAUAACAUAAACCAACUGACUUACAGAAAAAGGUUAUUAAACAUCAGUUAAACAAUCUAUAAAUAUAUAUAUAUACUGAUUGAUCAUAAUAACCUCCCAACCCCAAAACAAUAUCUUAGAAGUUGAACGGUUACACUGCUGUUCGAGUGUUACUCACGAUGUCUAGAUUUAAAGGAUUUAGAAGUUACACCUGAACCUUAAUUGUACCUCUGAUUUCUUUUUCUUGCUUUCUUGCUUUUAGUACAUUUUUGGUAGGAUUACCAUGGCUGGUACCUGAUGGUGGCAAUGCUAGGGCUGAGCAACUACGACCUCAUCAUCCAUGGACAAUGCAUCCAUGCAUAAAUCUCAUGAGAAAAACAUUGAUGCAAUGAGUACAUGAGUGGAUGAGUAUGAGUAGACUAUCAUGGCAGAGGACAAUAAACUCUUGAGGAUAAGAACAGAGAUUUAAUGUCUUCACUCUUGACUCCAAAAAUUUAAAAUUCUUGCCAAAAUGCAAAAAACAAAGUCCCCAAACCAAAGAGCAACAUGAAGGUUACUUUGCUCUCUGCAUGUACUGUAUAGUCUGGUUAUAACCGUUUUCUGUCUCCUCAGCUAACAAGAUGGAGUCAGUGACUACAGAGCUGCCCUCCCUGAUGUUGAAUCAGUCCUCAGAGAGCUGUGGACCAGUGGACUCCACAGCUGAGAACACCCUGUUUGGAUGCUUCUACAUCGUGGUUUUCUUUCUGGCUCUGAAUGGGAACAGUCUGGCUCUCUGGAUCUUCUCCCAUCAGCGAGGCUCUUCCUCUCCAGCUAACAUCUUCUUAAUCCACCUGGCUGUGGCAGACUUAUCCUACGUGAUCAUCCUCCCUCUGAGGGCCACAUACCACCUCACAGGAGGCCACUGGCCCUUUGGUGAGGUGCCCUGCAGAGUGGCAGGCUUUUUGUUUUAUGUUAACAUGUACGCCAGUCUGUACUUCCUGGCUUGUGUGGCGGGGGAUCGCUACCUGGCUGUGGUUCACGCCGUGAGGUCACUGAAGGUCCGUCGGGCUCGUUACGCUCAUAUCAUCAGCUUCUCCCUGUGGGCUCUGGUAACCAUCUCCAUGGCACCGCUGCUGAUAACCCACCAGACGGCAGAGGUGGAUGGCGUGACAGUGUGUUUGCAGCUGUAUAGAGAGAAGGCCUCACGCAAUGCCCUCAUCUCACUGGCCGUGGCCUUCACACCACCUUUCUUCGCCACCUUGUCCUGUUACCUGCUUAUCAUUCACAGCCUUCGCCGAGGCUCCAGGCUCGAGCCAGCUCUGAAAAUGAGGGCCUUGCGCACCAUCGGUCUGGUCAUGCUCAUCUACGUGGUCUGUUUCCUGCCUUACCAUGUAAGCAGAGCCACGUUCAUCCUGGGCUACAACCACCCUGACGUGUCCUGCCAGACACGUAGAGGUCUGAGUUUGGCCAACCGCCUCACCUCCUCUCUCACUUGCCUGAACGGUGCCAUGGACCCACUGGUCUACCUGUUUGGGGCUGAGAAGUUCCGCGGCACUCUGAUGCGGUUGUUCUGCAAAGACAGGGCAGGGGUUUCAGGAGCCACAAGCGGAGAGUUAAAGGGAACACACGAGAGCUCUGUGAGCGCCAAGUCAGAGUUUUGAAAAAGAGAAACUGGAACUGGAUUUGAAGCCCUGUUUGAUUCUGUUAAUGUACCACUGUAGUCCCCUUUGAUUCAAAUCACACUCCAAGCUCCAGUGCCCACCUUUUACUGCAUUCACUGGACCCCACAGGAAGCUACUGACAUCACCUGCCCUUCAUUCAAGAGGGGCCCAUUAGGCCUUCAGCUGGGCUGAGGGCCAAAUGGCCUCAGAGUGGGGUUGGCUUGGCUUGUGUUGGCCCACAUUUACAAACAAAAAGGAUAUACUGGUCAAGAAAUGAGAUCGCCAUUUAGAAAGUAAAUACGAGUACUGACUGGGUAAAGAGUGGGAAUUUUACACUUUUAUACCUCACAAACCCUGAGAAAAACAACAAGAUAACAGUUCUCUUUCCACCACGGGGUCUGGUUUGGUUCGGUACAGUGCAGAACUUAUCUUAAAGAUAAGAUGAGACAGACAAGACAGACUUUGGGAAAUGGGAAACUGGGAAAUUUGUCUUGGACUUGACAGAGCUCCAAUAUGGUAACAAAACAUACGACAACACAUUUACAUGUCAUUACAUGGAAUUACAUAUUUUACAAUAACAUUUAACAUAUGAGGCAAUAGCCAUUUAUUUUCAUGGUGCAUUUAUUUUGAAGUUGUGACCAGAACAGGGUUGUUGUUUCUUUAAGAAAGUGAACUAUUGUUUGAUACAAAAAAAAAAAAAAAGAAGUUGUCAGUAGUGACCGUAGCUACAGGUAAGCCAUGUUAAAUAAGAAAUAGCAUCAGGUUACCUGAGAUAUUUCAUCUUUUGCAGUCUCUCCUUUUCUUUGCAGCAAUCUCUGUGCUCCUCUCACUGCUCAGCUGAUGUCUGUGUGUAUAUUAAGUUCCUGUGUUUGAACUAGACAGCUGUAUUACACUAAAUAAGCUGUAAAUCCUUUUCUGAUAAGAGUGAAAACACCGUUAAUGCGUGGAUCAAAUAAAAUCAGGCGAGUAGAGAUAUAGCACGGUGCAACUUCUUCCCUGUCUUAAUUAUUGGGCACCAAAAAGUAGGUCAACUUGGGUACAUUUCCCAAUUUUUAACACUGAAAAUGCUGAUGAUUGUGUGCUGUACUGAAACCAGUCCCCUUGGUUAAAAAUGCGUCAUAAUUUUAGUCACCAGUUGGGUAAUGCUUAAGCAACAAUCAGCCCCAACUUGGACCAAAUGGCCCAUGUGAUCAAAGAACAAACGUUUCCAGGAGAAGGAUGUUAUGUGUCAAGUGUCAAUUGCCAUACCAUGGGAAUAAUUAAGAGAAUGCAAAAGUGAUGCAUUUUUGUUCUUGGUCAAAUUUCAGGUAUUACAAUUGUAGUUUUGGAAUAUGGCUGCAGUGCUUUUUCUGUGGGUUCUACCACCUGUAUUGAUGCUUUUAAUUUUUUCAUCUGCACAAGUAAAUAUCCAAAUCAAAUAUGCAAGCGCCUUUUAGUUUACCAACAUUUUCUAUCAUCCUGUGCAGACUGGAGGCUGCAUCUUCCAAUGACCUCAACAAGACAUAAAUCCUCAUAAUCUUCCUGUAGAUAUUCAACAGAAAUUUCCGUCAAAGCUGAAACUAUAUCAAUAUAUCGAGUAAACGUCUUGGUUUAGCAGUGAGGACAACAGUGAAUUGACCAGGCAUUAAGUCUUUAUCGUGGACACCAGGGGGUGACUUAAUUGAGUUCAAUUAGAAGUCAGAUUCGAAUACAACCAAGAAAAAAGCCAACUUUGCACUUAAUUGAAUCCAAUUUGAACUCCAAUUUGGCAGAAAAAAAAAAAGAUUCAGAAGUAAAGUUUACAGGAUGUCACUGCCUGUGUACGUUCUGUAAGCAAGGAUAGAGGUAUAGCUUAUUCACCUCUUCAUCAGGAUACGAUCACCUCUGGCUCAAAAACCAAGACUGCAAACAGUUAAAAUGCAGCUUUAAGACAUCUUAACCGGAGGCCACAAACUAAUGGAUGAUCUCACUGUGGGUGUAUUCUCGUCUUGAAAAGACUGCAGACUAUUUGAAAACACUACACAGUGUGGGUGGAUGAACAAUGCUGCAUGAGCCCCCCCCCCCCCCCCCACACACACACACACACACACACACACACACACACACACACACACACACACACACGAUAAGCCCAGGCUGUGCUUGCCUUUAAGAAAGGUAAAGUGUGAGGUAUAUGGUGUCCUUACACAAAACAGACUUGGUGGAAAUGGAAUAUAAUAAAAGUUUGUUUAAAAUAGUAUAACAUCACCUAAAAUAACCUAAGUAUAAACAUCUUUAACUUAAAAUGAGUCUUUUAUUUACAGUAAAAGCACAUUUGCAUGUUUUGUGGCCAAAGUCAACACUAUUCCCGAGGAACAUCAUCAAUUAUGCAUUCUUGCUGUGGUCAUUUGAGCAUUCUUGUAUCACUUUUUGAGUCCUGCUUUCUAAUGAGAAUCACUUUAUAAAAUGGUUUUCAUACAUGUAUGUAUUUUUUCUUGGCUCAAACUCUUCUAUGCAUUUUAUAAUCCUUUUUUAUUGAUACUGCACAAUUGCAUGAUAAAUUAUGAAUCAUUUUUGUACUAUUAUUCAUUAUGUCUGAGCAUAUUCUGCAGAAGCACUGAUGCUGUAAUCAUUAGAUCAAAACUGAUGCAUGAAAUGUUUUUGUGAUAUGUAACUUGGUGUAAAUAUUAAACUUUCCAAAAUAAAUGUUUAGUCUGAGAAGACAAAAACUCUGUAAUUUUGA